AAUAACGCCAGUGAAUAAACUGUUGCUGUUCUCACCGGUGGCUCUACAUCAGUGCGGCUGCAGGUGCGCGCGGAGGAUGUGACUUUUAUUCACCGGAGAAACGCGUGUGUGUGUGUGAUGGGCUCAUGGUGAUUGGACGCUUCCUGUGAAAUGAUGUACCAGGUCCCCCCAUGCCAGCCUGUAACCACGACGACCACUCGCCUCCGUGAGCCGCUCCUCUGUUCGACUGGAUGAGGAACCCGGCCUCUGGUGAUGUCAUGCACAGGUUCGAGGUUCUUGGUAUCGUGGGUGAAGGAGCCUAUGGUGUGGUCUUAAAGUGCAGACACAAGGAGACAAAUGAAAUCGUGGCCAUUAAGAAGUUCAAGGACAGUGAAGAAAAUGAGGAGGUGAAGGAGACGACCAUGAGGGAGCUGAAGAUGCUCCGCACGCUCAAGCAGGAGAACAUCGUAGAGCUGAAGGAAGCGUUCCGCCGGCGGGGGAAACUCUAUCUGGUGUUUGAGUAUGUGGAGAAGAACAUGCUGGAGCUGUUAGAGGACAUGCCGAACGGAGCUGCACCUGAGAAGGUGCGAAACUACAUCUACCAGCUGAUCAAAGCCAUUCACUGGUGCCACAAGAACAACAUCGUACACAGAGAUAUCAAGCCAGAGAAUCUCCUCAUCAGCGCUGAUGAUGUGCUCAAACUCUGUGACUUUGGUUUCGCUCGGGAUCUCUCUGAAGCCACCGAUGCAAACUACACUGAAUAUGUGGCCACCAGAUGGUACCGGUCACCAGAACUGCUGCUCGGGGCUCCCUAUGGGAAGGCAGUGGACAUGUGGUCAGUGGGGUGUAUUCUGGGCGAGUUGAGUGACGGUCAGCCUUUGUUUCCGGGAGAGAGUGAGAUCGACCAGCUCUUCACCAUCCAGAAGGUUUUGGGUCCUCUGCCUCCAGAACAGAUGAAGCUCUUCUACAAUAAUCCACGCUUUCACGGCCUACGGUUCCCAUCAGUGAGUCAUCCACAAACUCUGGAGAGACGAUAUCUUGGGAUCAUCAGUCCAGUCGUGCUUGACCUAAUGAAGAACUUGUUGCUGUUGAAUCCGAACGAACGCUUUCUGACCGAACAGAGCCUGAACCAUCACGCCUUUCAGACCCAGCGCCUGACGGAGCGACCCGGCCCGCUGACACCCACACCCAUCCGCUCGUCUAAGAGGAAACCUCUCCUGGACAACAGCGCCCCCAGCAGGGGUCAUGGAGUCAAGAGUUCAGGUCACCAUCGCUCCAACAGUCGAGACUGCUCCAGUCUGCCGCGUCACGGGCACGAAGACCUCCACCCGUCCAGCACUGAGGCUUUCCUCAACGGCUCGGCGCCGUCCGCCAACAGCUUGAGUCCGGUUAUGCAUCCCAAAUCCUUUCAGCCACUCAACCGCUCGGCGUCCUGCGGUAAAGACCUGGCGAGCCUGCAGCACGCUAAAGACGCUAAAUCCAAACUCGGUGACUUUGAUUUCGGGAAACCUACGGACGGACCCGGAGCGAAAUACCUGAAAUCCAACACGCCUCGUUCACAGAACCGUCACUCCUUCGUGGAGGGCAAGAACAACACAAUGACAGGAGACAGGGAGAAACUCAGUCGCCACGGCUACGGUGAACCAACGGCGCCACCUGCCUCAUCGGGCGGAAAGGCGUCGUCCUCAUACCUGAGUCUGUCAAAGAGUCACGGAGCGUUAGCGGACGCCAAGUCCGUCAGCAACCUCAGCGACAUGCGCCUCCACCCGGACGACCCCUCCGGGUCUCCACGGUACUUCCCCGGCAGCUGCCUGGACCUCAACAUGAACCUGAACCUGCCGCCGCCGGGCAGCCCGUCCCUGCAGCACGGGGACCGAUCCGGACACAGUCCCGCUGUGGGCCGACGCAGCAAACUGGAGCGAGACGGAAGCGCGGUGGAGACGUCUGGCCGGCGCUCCUCGUCGCGGCAAAAGAGCCAACAGCAGAACGAGGGCAACUCCGGCGACUCGUUCGACCCUGGAGGCGGAGGAGGACUCAACCUCCCCUCCCCUCGGGAUCUCCCGUACGGCGUAGGCUACACCAGCCCCUUCUCCUCCCAACAGCGCCCCCACAGGCAUUCCAUGUACGUGAGAAGAGAACGAGGGCGACCCCACGGGGGCGAGACGGGCGGGUUAGCGGUGGCACAGGGAAUGCCCACCAGAGCGAGCAGUCUACAGCUCCUGACCCCUCAGCUCCAGCAUCGAACCCUGCCGAGACACAUGGGCAGCUCCGUCUCACGCGACGCAGGGUUAGAUGACAUCAGGAACGACACGGCGGCCGCAGAGGUCAGUCACGCGCGACCCUUAAUCCGGGAGUCCACACGGGACAACACUGCCGUCUUUCACACGGCCCGACAAAAGAGCGAGGGGGGCGUGUAUCAAGAGCAGAUCACGGAUGACAGCGGUUCAGCCAAAGAGAACCGAAUGAUUUACAAUGACUCUGUCCCACGCCGGGUUGGGAGCUUCUACCGAGUGCCGUCCCCCAGACCUGAUAACUCCUUCCACGAGAGUUCAGGGGUCACGAUGGACGGCAGCCACAACAUUCACCAACAACCCUAUGACCCCUGGGCGGAGUCUGAGGGGCUGGACAGGAGCCCACCUGAACCAACCAAAGAGAAAGAGAAGCAGGGCUUCUUCAGGUCCAUGAAGAAGAAGAAAAAGAAGUCACAGACGACAGACGCUGGUGAAGACGGAGGUCCAGUCAUGAGAAAACCUCUGUUCCCUCUUUUCUCCUCUCAGAGGAGCUUCACGCGGAGCUCUUCUGAGAGGUUUCGCCCCCUAGUGGCCACACAAAUGGUGGCGAGCGAGGGGCCGGAUCAGGUGCUGAUGCAGAAAUCGGCGCGGCCGUACGGACAUCAGGGCAGCAGACAUCGCACCCGCAGCAGAGACCGAGAGCGCAGCCGUGACAGAGAGACAGACAGAGAGAGAGACACUGACUGGCCUACAGAGAGAAUACCUGACACACACUCUCAGCCUCUGAAGUCCUUGCGGAAGCUUCUUCAUCUCACCUCCUCGUCGUCCUCUAACCAGACCUCCUCAGACCUGCACUAUCCUCUGCCAGCUCAGUCCUCCGCUAAAGGCGGGAGUUUCUCAGAGCCCCGCGGCCUCGCUGGCUCCGUGCAGGUCAAAGGUCGUCAGGCCGGGUAUCCGGCUCCGGGCUCCCUGGAAUCCACCUGGCACUCCACCGCUCUGGGUCGAGCCGAGGGAAACCCGUAUCCCGACCAGCUGACCUCCAAACCGGGCCCGAACGGCUUCAGUCGCCAUUUCCGUUCACGACUGCCAAACUUGAAUGACCUUAAAGAGACGGCGCUGUAAAUGUCACGCGGCGCCCCCUUGUGGACCGUUUCCUUCGUAUAUUAAGGGUAGGCCUAUGUGUCUGGAUCUUUUUUAUUUGAUAGCACUCCUUAUAUUAUUUAUGUAAGUAUUGUAUUUUUUUGUCAUCGGAUAACUACGGUGGAAAAUAAGAUGAUAUUUCUGGAUGUAAAUGGAAAUAUUUAAAUGUAUAGCACUGUAUGUGCAGGCUUUAGUUUCUACUCGGGUUAUAGUAUAUAUUAUCUGCAUAGGUACUCUUAUAUUUGCCUAAACAGGUCGAGCGAUCGAUGUAUAGACGACAGUAUUGACAUUUAUUUUCUAGUGAUAGAAUAAGACUACAGUAGAGAAUUAUCACUUUGUCUUUGAGUAAUUUCUGUUUACAAUUCAGUAAAAUAUUAAGAUAUUAUGACUAACAGGAGCUAACGGUAAGAUUGUAUGUGUGUGUGUGUGUGUGUGUGUGUGUGCGUGCGUGCGUGCGUGUGUGUGUGUGUGUGUGUGUGUGUGUGUGUGUGUGUGUGUGUGUGUGUGUGUGUGUGUGUGUGUGUGUGUGUGUGUGUGUGUGUGUGUGUGCUGCCCAGAUAGCACACGUGUUGUCUAGAUGUUUGUGUUUUAACAUCGUAAGAGGGCGAAUUUAACAUCCAAUCGGUCAAAAUAAGAUGAAUAGCUCUAAAAUUCUCAAACAUGCGUGCGCUCUCUGGGUUUGCUUGAGUCUUUUGUAAGCCUUUAAAAAACCACAGCCAGUGAAAUGUCUCAAGCCUUUUAAAUGAAAACUAAAGCAAAAACGUCCGAUCAUAGAGUACCAAAUCUGACCAAUCGUAUGAAAUGGUUGUGCCUCCACGUGCUGGCCGUCCAUAUCCACUGCAAAAAAAACCCAACAAAACAUUCUUAGUGAAGACUUUUUUUAUUUUUGAAGCCAGAUUACUUUCUAUGAAAUAUACCGUAUGAGCGUCUCUCCCUCAGGUCACGAGUUCUCUGAACACUGCAAAUACAAUUUUACAUGCAAUAUCAGAUGCAGAGGUUAUUUAGAUUGUUAAACGUUUCUGUUUAGGGAAAUAGAGCCAGUGUGUGUGUACGUAAGGAAAAUAAAGAUUUCAAAAAAUGUAUGCAAUAUGUAAUUUAACCGGAUAAUCCUUCUAAAUAAAGAACACGUUUCUCUAGAGAGGAGGCGUGUAUGUGCUCAAUGAUUCAUACACCAGUCGGGUACCAGAGAUGUCAAAGACCAGGAGCUCCUGGAAAGAUGCAGGGCAUCAGCGAUAUGCAUCUCAUUAUUCUCAGAUAUAAUUCAUUCCUCAAAUCAUGUUCAGAAUAUUGUCAAACAUCUGACAAAUAAUGAUGAAUGAUCCGAUAUGUCAUUCCACCGUCUCUGUGCUCCACGUGUCUGUUAUGUAAAGGCUGUGCAAUAGUUUUAAUAUUUGUUGAUUUUUUCCCAGUGUCAUAACAGAAUAUUGUGAUGGAUGAUGUACAGUCUUCAGACUCGGGAGAAGAUCAUUCAAAUAACCAUAUGAUUAUCUGUUUAUUUCAAUAAAACUGUUAGAAAAUUA